AUGCCUAGUCUGCUCACUGGCCCUGUCCAGUGCAGCGAGCAACCCAUUGCGGAUGCUUCCCCAGCGACGUCGCCUUCCUCGCCGGCCUCUGCCUCCGCUGUUAAGCCGUACCAACAACACGAGCUGCCCCGGGAGGCCCCAGACGCGCCGCGAUCACCACAGCUGACUGGCCGGCACCACGAGCGCGCCGCGGCCAAUGAGAACAACCCGAGCCUCGCCGACGUGUCCAGCGAUCUUUCCUGGCUUGGGCCCCUGAUCAAUGACGGCGGCGUUAACGGCAGCGUUUCGCCCUCCACCGUUCCCGCUCCCGCUGCCGCGCAGGAGCCAGAGCCUAAGCCAGUGCCCGAGCCCGACAGUGUCAACAACAGCCCCAAAAUCUCUACACAAACACCGCACCAGUCCACAAUUAACGAUACCUCGUCCCGCCUACAGCCCACCGUCGACGUCACCUCAUCGUCUAACAAUAACAAAUCAAUCCACCAACCACGCAAACCAUCUCCAGGCCUUGCUGCGCGAUUAAAAGCACUCGGCCUAGGAACCCCAAAGAAGCCAUCGCCGUCAUCCGUCUUCAAGGAACGCGACAUUGGCCGCUUGCCUGAAGACCAGCUCCGACAACUCGACGAGUAUCACCAACAGCGCUCCAGGCAACUCGCCAUAGAACGCCGGGGUCGCCCCUGGAAGGGCGUCGUGCGCAUCCCUUCCAAGGCGAGCCUGAAGUCAUCAAAAUCGAACAAGGACGUCGUCACUCCCGAGGACGACGUUCCCGGGGACGCCGACAUCCCAUUGAUAAAGAUCCUCGACAGCCCAGGCGCGGACGACCCCUCUGAGCUACUAUCGGAUUUCGAGGCGGCUAAACCUCCCGCCAUGGAUACGAAUAAGUUCCGCCUACCCGAUCAUACAAACGGCAACGGCACCAAGGUUACUUUGGAUACGCGAAGAGAACACCUUGACCGCGAAGUGAGACCGCUCCCGUCCCCUGAGGACAGUCCGCCACCGGUACCAGAAAAAGACACCCCGCCGAUAUCCUCGCAGCCGUUCAACCCUGAUGACUACUUCAACCCGCUGGGACUGCAGCGCCCUGGCUCCAUCUACACUAUUUCUCGCGCUUCUUUCGCCCAUCAACUUGCGCAGCUGACCUCGCUGCAGCUGCCGGACGCUGAAUCGCUCGCUGGUAAGGUAGCAGCGAUUCCUACGGCCCAGGCGGCUGUGAAGGCGCUGAUCGGGGCCGCCGAACAAAUCCGAAGUUGGAUCUACAAGGCCUCUGAGGUGAUUGCGGGACUUGACAGCGAUGAUGAUGUCGAGUGGUCUGCGGCCGGCGGCCGCGAAGGCUUGGAGGAGGUGGAGGACGCGACAACACGAUUCGAAGAAUUAAUCAAUGUUUACGUGACCGCUAUCGAGGAGCUACAAGGUCGCACCGACAUCGCACACGUUUCUACGGACGACCUUACCAAGGCAGUCACACAGAUGGAGGCCAUCACAGAGGAAUGGACCAACAUACGCACGACGCUCCGUAGCGUUCGAGGCCAGGUCGAAAUCGCCAUGGAAUGGGAAGAACUUUGGAACAUAGUACUCGGGGAGAUCCAAACCGAACUGGAUGAGCUGAGUCGCCUGGUCUUCGAAAUGGAGGAACGCCGACACAAGUCAGCCAUGGCGAUAACAAGUGGUGACGCGGUUGACAUCGGUGACUUGGCAACAAUCGCGGAAGAGACUCCACCGGCAGCAACUCGGGCGAGGGCUGCUGCUAACAAACGAUUCAGCUCGACAGGCUCUCCCGCAAGUCCUACUUCCCCAGGUGGUCCUACAAUAUCUCAAGAUGACUCCGGUCUUCUCGCGUUGUUUGCCAGGAUGCAACCGCUUAGAGCCUCGCUGGACUUCUUGCCAAUGCGACUAUCCGUCUUCGAGGCUCGAGCUGAGAAAUCGUUCCCGAGUGCAUGCGACGAGCUGGAAAUGCGGCGGGAAGACCUGGACGCCAGCUACAGAAAGCUAGAGAAAGAUGCCGAGGGGUUGCGCAAGGAGCUUGGGGAAGACAGAUGGGUGCUCGUAUUCCGUGGUGCAGCCAGGCAGGCCCAAAAGAUGACGGAAUCCGUGGAACGCAGUGUCGCCAGACUCAGAGAAGCAGUCGAUGCUCGCAUGCACUUGACAAACCAGCCUGCAUUGCUGAAGAAGAUUGAGAGCUUUGAGGCCAAAAAGACGCACUACGGACCAGCAAUCGAUCGCGUCUUGUUCAUCAUCGAUAGGGGCGUGAAAGAUCGGCUCACGGUCAAUGGUGAGAUCUUGAGGCUGCACGCCGAGAUGCAAGCGAAAUGGGCAGACCUGAAGAACCAGAUCAAGGAGAUGGACCUCACGCUGGACGAACUGCACGCCGACAAGAGGGGUAAUCCUCUGCGCGACUCCAUAUCAAGUAUGCUGUCAAACGAUAUGGCAUCUACAGUCGGAAGUGGAAUCGAGACUCCCCAAAGCUCGCCACCUUCUUCAGUGAUCAUGUCUGGCCUAGGCAUAGAUACGAGAACCCCAGGAAAGUCCAGCACGGGAACUCGUGCACGUCGGUCGUCGAGCAGUGUGAGUAGCCAUAUGCUGCAACCCGGACGACGCUCUGUGUCGGCAACAAACACGCCCAGCAUUCCUCGGAAACCCGUCUCCAGGCUGUCGACCGUGAACGGUCUCUCAACACCAAAACGCGAGGGAUCAGCCACGCCCACUGCAAACCGGCUUGCGGCCAGCAUACCGAGACCAGCCACAACGAUGGCACAGCGACCAAAAUGGAAUGCUAACCCAAAUCCCACCCAUGUUGACACUGGUCACAACUUCAAGCCUCUGUCGCUCACUACCCCAAGCCCAUAUGCAAAGACAACACCCAAUCCCGUGCGCUCACACUCAUCCCUCGCUGCUCCUAUCGGAUCCAAGCUCCCUACCAUGCGUAGUCCUUUACGGGCUGAGCCCUCGUCCCCGAGUCAAGAUCUCACACCCUCCAAGCCGGCCAGCAAGAUGUCAUUCAGAGACCGCUUAGCCGCGCCCGGCCCCUACUCCCAGCAGACGACAUCCAAGUUCCGACCCGAGGGCCCGUCGGCUCGACGCGCAACAUUGCAACCACCGCAGUCCGCUGUUCCUGGACUUUAUCAACGCCCAGCAAGUUCUCUCGCCACUACCAACCGGCGAACGAGUCUGCUGCCCCAGCCCAGAUUCAAGAAGGAAGACAGUGCGCCUGGCCGAGAAAGCCCCAUGCCAUCUUCGUUCGGGAUGAAGCUCGGGCUCAGGAGGGGAAAUAGCACUUCCUCAAAUGAUCAGAAGGACAAGGAUAAUAAGCCUCGUUGGCGACAUUAG